AUGCCGCGCGCGAAACAACAACCACAGGCCAACUUUUUUGUUGUACACACCAUCAGUGUAAAAUGCACAUCCUCACGUCCUAUUUCAGUCCCCGCGCGUCAAGUGCAACGCAACAAGUUUUCUUGGCUUAACAAGGCAUCAGGAACGUGCAUCACUGGUUCUUUUGGAACACCCAAGGAUGAUCAGCCAUUCAAAAGCCAUGGUGCUGUCUAA